GGUAUUUUCCGAAGGACAAAAAGGCCCACUUUUUGAUGAACCAAAAUACCCUUUACCCUUUAACGUUUGGGUUGAGUUGAACUGAGUUAGCCUCCUCAGCUUCAAAUCAUGGCGACUGCCGUAAGUACGCUGGCCUCAGCAGCAGGAGCACGUGCACUGGCUCAUGCUUUGCCACGUGCAUUGCUAUCAACAAGAUGGUCAUGUUCCAAGAUGGGUGUUAAUGCUCUGCAGCUAAGGAGAAGUGUACGGAUACAGUCUCCAAAAACAAGAAAAAGUUUGAUAAUAAGAGCUGCAAGAACUGAGUCUCAAGGAGUCUCCUUGGGCUUCAGAGCCCCCCAUUUUGAGUUGCCAGAACCACUGACUGGGAAAGUUUGGAAAUUGGAAGAUUUUGAAGCCUAUCCUGCUUUAUUGGUUAUAUUUAUCUGUAAUCACUGCCCAUUUGUUAAACACUUGAAGAAGGAUUUUGUGAAGCUUGCGAAUUAUUAUAUGGAGAAAGGACUGGCGGUUGUUGCUAUAUCUUCAAAUUCUGUAGCUACUCACCCUCAGGAUGGACCAGAAUUCAUGGCAGAAGAGGCUAAAUUAUUUAAUUACCCCUUCCCUUAUCUUUAUGAUGAGUCACAAGAUGUCGCACGGGAUUUUGGAGCUGUCUGCACGCCAGAAUUUUUCCUGUAUAAAAAGGAUGGUCGAAGGCCAUUUGAGCUGGUGUAUCAUGGCCAAUUUGAUGAUUCGCGGCCAAGUAAUAAUCUGCCUGUUACUGGGAGGGACAUAUGUGGUGCAAUUGAAUGUGUUCUCAGUGGACAGCCAGUAUCAUCAGUUCAGAAACCCAGUGUUGGUUGCAGCAUAAAGUGGCACCCACAGAAGGAGCAAUGAUGUGUAAAUGUUCGUUUCAGCCCUCUCAAGAUCAUACUGUAUUAUUGUAAAUUUUGCUUUCAGGUGUGGGUUGUCUUCUUUGUGAUGGUUGAUAUCCAUUCAGAUCUUAGAUAUAAGUACAUACACUUUUUUUUUUGUUUUUUGGCCUAAUUC